CCUCUGGGUACACUGCGUGUCUUGCUGUUCUUUCGUGUUCCCUUCUAACAAAACGAACUCCUUUAAAGCAUUCUCAUCGGGAACAAGGAGAACUGGCAUGACACAGGCAACAUAGCAGUAUCACAUGAUGCCAGACAAUACAUGGAGCAAGUUGAAGACUAUCUCUGAUGCCACCAAAAAGAGAUGUGACAAAAUACAACUGACUGAAGCCCAAAGAAUCGAGACGUGGAUGUUGAGGAGAGGAAAUCCAGGCUACGACGAGCAACUGAAAAACAAAAGAAAAUGAGGGUUCCCACAGAUGUCACUGUAGAAGAUCUUCACCCUGAGAAGCACGAUCCCCUCCACGUUAAACAGGAGAAGGAGUCAGACAUGCCAUGGAUCAAACAGGAGGUGGAGCCAGAGACGCCUGACAUUAAAGAAGAAAAACAGGAAGUUGAAAUCAUCAAGUUUCCAAUGGGUGUCAGUGUAAAGAGCGAAGAAGCCGAAGGUCCAAGCGAUGAGAGCGGAGCAGCGAAACCCUCGAGCGACAGCUCAUUUGAGCACCCAACAACAAAAGGAGAGGGACCAUCCCAACCGGAAGGCUAUUUAGCUCCGCUUUCGGACAGCGACGACAAAACGUCACAUUCUUCUGACUUUAAUACUGAUGAGGAGGAUGAUGACUUUGACCCAAAUGCUUCAAAAUCCUUACACAAGUCAUCAUUGAAAAGAGACGCAAAAGAAUGCGCGGAUGGGAAACCUUUUCCCUGCUCAGUUUGUGAUAAAAUAUUUCCUAGGAAAUCCAAUUUAAAGGCACACAUGCGAACACACACUGGAGAGAAGCCUUUCGUCUGCACGUUUUGUGGUAAACGAUUCACUCAGAAGGAACAUUUAGUAUUGCACACAAGAAACCACACUGGAGAGAAGCCUUUUCCCUGCUCACUUUGUGAUAAAACUUUUUCUUCGAAACAUCAUUUAAAAAGACACAUUCGUACACACACCGGGGAGAAGCCUUUUGUGUGCACGUGUUGUGGUAAACGAUUCACUCAGAAGGGACAAUUAGUAUUGCACACAAGAAACCACACUGGAGAGAAGCCUUUUGCCUGCGCACUUUGCGGUAAAAGAUUCACCGAGAAGGGAGGUUUAAACAUUCACACAAGAACACACACUGGAGAGAAGCCUUUUGCCUGCACACUUUGUGAUAAAAAAUACUUCACAAGGUCAAAAUUAAACAGUCACACGAGAACACACAGUGGAGAGAAGCCAUUUGCCUGCACACUUUGUGGGAAAAGAUUCACCCUUAAGGGAGUUUUAAACAAACACACAGGCACACACACUGGAGAGAAGCCUUUUGUGUGCACGUUUUGUGGUAAACGAUUCAGUCAGAAGGGACAUUUAGUAUCGCACACAAGAAACCACACUGGAGAGAGGCCUUUUGCAUGCACAGUUUGUGGUAAAAAAUUCAGUCGGAAGGGAAGUUUAUCAUUGCACUUAAGAAACCACACUGGAGAAAAGCCUUUUGCCUGCACACUGCGAUAAAACAUUUUCUCGGAAGACUAAUUUAGAAAUACAUAAGCGCACACACUGAAAUACAUAAUGAUAUGAAAUGACAUAAAGAACCAAAUGUUUUUUCAGGUGCUGUUGUUUUUAACAACUAUCCAAUGUAUAUGGUGAAAAACACACAAGGCUGAAAAAGCAGUUUCUACUCUUGCACCCAAUAAAAUGCUGUAUUUUUAGCCAAAAGCACUGUUCUGUUUGAUAGAACAAUAUGUUUAUAUGCUGCUGUAGCAGUUUCAUGGUGGAUUAUGCCCCCGGACUAUUUUUAAUUUAUCUGUUUUACCCUGGGGAUCCCCGCCCCGUUAACAGACACUGAGCAACAGAUUUUGUUUCAUCCCUUCAUUUGUUUCGUUGCCGCAGCUGUGCUCGCUGUGGAUAGUCUUCUGUUGCGUUCGGGAAAUUAUGUCACACAAUAAACUAAGAUUCGGCCAGCACAUCAACCACAUCACCAGAACUGCCUUUUUCCACCUCAAGAACAUCGACAGUCUUCGCGAAACGCUCAUCCAUGCCUUCAUCAUUUCCAGACUUGACUACUGUAACAGCAUUCUUCUGGGUUCUCCAUCUAAACUCCUCAAAAAACUACAAUAUACGCCUUCUCAUCUGGACCCCCUAUG